GAUAAUUUGCACUACACGUCGCGCAUGUCUGGAUUCUAGAUUUAGUCCCUGUUUACUUACACAACAAUUCCAUUUCGUCGUGAGAAUUACCAUCUACUAUGCUACAUUCAAUGCUGUUCCUGCUCUCUGCUCUCGUCCCGCUGGCAGACGUUGUCACAGCUCCGUCAAAAGAUGUUCAAGCCCACCUGUCUGAUCGUUCUCUUCGCAAUAUCCCUGCCGUUCCUAUAAAGAACGCCCGUUUAUCCCAGUUGUUUGGUGGAUCAGAUGAAGCUAAUAAAAGAAGUGUGGGCGCCGUCAGACGUAGCCAUUUCAAAGGGCUUGCGCUUCGUCGUGAUCAAUGGGCUGAAGGCCUGUGGCCAAGAGGAGAAGUUCCAUAUGAAAUAGCACCGGAAUACACUUUUCAAGAACGAAGUAAAAUCCAGUUGGCAAUGGACGCAUUUCGCAAACACACAUGCAUAAAAUUUCGACCGCGAACUCCAAGUGAUAUGUAUUACUUAUCAAUCUCGAAUAAUUUUAACCCAGGGAAGUGUUCGAGCCACGUCGGUCGUCAAGGAAUUGCGGGUUCUCGUACACCUGAGGGCAAGUUCAAGACAAAGAUGAAUUUGCACCGUGAUUGCUUCGAUCAAUCUACUUUGCUUCAUGAAUUGAUGCACGCUAUCGGCUUUGAACACGAACAUCAGAGAGAGGAUCGCAAUCCACUUAUUAAUGCAGCGCUUGACCCACACGGGGAUGAUAAGGAUAAUAAGUAUAGUCUCAAUCAUAAGAUCUACUCGAGAACCGAUGCGUACUACAUGGGCAGUUACGACCCAGAGUCUAUCAUGCAUUAUUCUUUUCCUAAUUUCAAAAACUAUGCACGACAGUACUUCUCCAAGUCGGACAUCAAUAAUAUCAACAAGUUGUACAACUGCACAGUGCAGCAUUCUUCUACGACAGAACCUGUAUUUACAGUGCAGCAUUAUUCUACAAAGUCACCACUUAAAGGAGGACAGCGCUUCAUUUAUCACGAGCCUUUCAUUCCCAUAGGCAUUUUUGGUCAUCUCAUUGCUGUGGGUGUACUCGUCGGCUCUGUAUUCGCAUAUCAUAAUAUCUCACUUUGA